CGCAAAUACAAUUUAGAAACUUCCGCGACCAUAGCAAAGUUGUUCCGCAUCUACUUUACACCGGUGUGAAUUGCUGUACAUAUAAUAUUUAUCUCAACAUACGAUGUCUAGAGUAGACGAAGUCGAAGAAGUAGAUCAAUCGGCGGACAGCGGCAUGGGUAGUAGCGACGCACAUUCUCCCGAGGUGAAAUCGCUUUUUCCCGAUGACGAGGAUGACGAAGAGGAUGAAAGCUUGGCAGAAAGAUUAUUGGGACUUACGGAAAUGUUUCCGGAAGAAGUACGUAAUUUGGGAUAUAACGUCGGUACUUGUUUAUGCAAUUGUAUGAAAGGGUUAUACGCAUUUUCAUGUUCAGCAGCAUGGUUAUUCUUCAGUUCAUCAGCCAUUUUAUUUGCACCUAUAUUGUUCGAAAUAGAACGAGUGCAAAUGGAGGAAGCACAACGCACUCAACAAAAACAGGUUUUAUUAGGUCCUAGUAAAGCCAUGUCAGGCGUAAGCGCUUCGAGUCUUCCAAUGGCUCCACCGGUUCAGCAAUAAUAGCAAUGAUACCGUCGAUGUUGUAUUCGAAUCACCAGAAGUCCAUCGUUCCGUUCACCGUUUAUAUUUAUAUUAGUAUAACAACUCCAAUUCUAAUAUCUCAUAAACACAUCCAUAAGAUUAUCAUAUAUUAUUCAUCGUAAAAAAUUCAAAUCAAAUAGUACAGAAAAGAACGAAACGAAUCAUAAUAUUAUAUUAUUAUACGUCACACAAUAUAUCGACGCUAUCGAUAUUCUCUUUCGCUUUCUAAAUUUUACGAGAAUUUUUUUUUUUUUUUUUUUUUUUUUUAAACUAUAAAAUUACGGGCAUUUUAUCACGUCAUGAAACGUUAAACGUAGCAAUAUCUAGUUACGAAAUAUUAGUAAAAUUGUAACAUUCGAUUAUGUAUGUAACGCACCUUUACGAAUAAAAUAAUCAAAUCCUUUCAUAACAUUAGCAUCUAUCUAAGGUAUCAAAUGUUAUUGUAAUAUAAGACGUUGAAUAAAGUUAUUACAAAGGA